AUGAGCAAAUACGAUAUGACAGUCGAAAGUGGCGAUGCUGCAGUCGUCGACAACGCAGACUCGUCUGACCAACAAGGAGGAGGAGGAGGAGAGGUCGACCAAGAAGAGUUGUCAAGACAAAGAAUCAAAAAGAGAAAGGAUGAAGCAAAGAGAAUCAUCGAAGAGAGAAAGAGACGUGAAGCUCAACAACAACAACAACAAGAUGGAGAUGAAGAUAAUACAACAUCAGCUGCUGUUCAACCACCAAAGAAAAUUGUUAGAAAACAACAACCUGUACAACAACAACAAGCUGUAGAUAACGAUGAAGAAGAGGAAGAGGAAGAAGAAGAAGUACCAAAGACAAAGAAAAAGGUUAUCAAACAACAACAACAACAGUCACAACAACCAAAUGUUAGAGAGGAUAUGGUCAAACGUGCAUAUGCAUUCUUGAGUAAUCCAAACGUACGAAAUACAGCACUUGGUAGAAAGGUUGCAUACCUUGAAAAGAAGGGAUUGACUACUGAAGAGAUUAAAGAAGCUUUGAAGCGAUUCGAGUCUGGGUCUGGUGCUAGUGGAAGUGGUUCAUCAUCGUCUACAACUGGAGUAUCGUCAUCAUCAUCAUAUGACAACCAAAUUACACCUGCAUCGGUGACUAAUACUGGUAGAGGUGUAGUUGCAAGAGGUGGUGUUCGUAACAAUAAUAACAAUAACAACCAACAACAACAACAACAAUACAACCAACAACAAGACAACAACUAUCAACCACAAGUACCACAACCACCUCCACAAUACAACCAACAACAACAACAACAAAUGUACUAUCCACAAUCAUCUGCUCAACACCUGUACCAAGCCAGCAACACAUUCUCAUGGGGUAACAUACUCUUGUCUGUUACUGCUUUGGUGGGUGUCGCAUCGGGUCUUGCAUACCUCACGUCAAACUACAUCAUGCCAUACUUUCGUCCACCAAAAAAGGACCAGGAAGCAUCAAAGAAUGAAAAGAAGAUCCAAGAACUACAAGAACAACUCCAACAACUCCAAAUUGCCAUUGCAUCGCAAUCCAAAGACAUGUUGGAACCAAUCAAAGCACUCAUGGAACAAAAUGCCGCCAACAACAAGACCACUGAAAUCGAUGAUAUUCGUAAAGAAUUGAAAUCACUUACUGCUUCCAUUGCUUCUUUAAAUCAACAACAACAACAACCAAACAAUAAUCAUAAUCAUAAUCAUGGUCAUGGUCAUAGUCAUAAUCAUGGUAGUGGCCAUGGUAGUGGUAGUGGCAGUGGUAGUGGUAGUAUUCAUUCAUCAAGCGAGGAUAUUCAACCACCACAACAACAACAAUCUCCACAUAUUAAAUCGACAGCUCCAAGAACAAAGUUGGCAGCACCUCCAGUCGUAAUGAAUAAUCCAUACUCUAAUCUAUCUUGGAAACCAUCAACUGAGACACCACCAGCCAUUCCAUCUUGGCAACAAAGAUCUACUCCAAGUCCAGUCAAUAUUACAUCCAAUAAUUCAACUUCAACCUCUACUACUAGCACCAGCACAACAACAUCUUCACCAACCAACAACAACAACGUAUCACCAUUUGGAACACCAACCAAGAAACGUGAUGAAUCACAACUAAUGUCAACCGUAGGAACUUACAAUCCACCACAACCUAUUCAAAAGCCAUUUGACUUCAAUACUCCAACUCCAUACACUAGCACUACCAAUAAUAACAAACCAUCAUUUGAUUUUAAUACUCCAACUACACCAUCAUCAACAUCAACUACAUCUUCUUAUAAUCCACCAAAACCAAUGCCACUCCCAACCAAUGGUGAUGAUUUAGACACAACUACUAGCACCUCCACCACAUCGACUACUAGUACCUCCACCACAUCGACGUCAACCGAAAAGAAAGCAGAAGAUAUUCCAUAUUCUUCUGAUUUUGUAGACAUUAUCAACCAAUUGAAACAAGGUAAAACUCCACCAGGAAUUAGAUCAGAUAUUAAUGAUAGUCCAAUUCCAAAUGGUCAAAUUAACAAGUCUGCCAAAGAAAGACCAUUAAAGCCAUGGGAAAAACAACAACAACAACAACAACAACAACAACAACAAACUACUACUUUAGAACAACCAUCAUUGGAAUCUAAUAAUAUUAAUAACGAACCAUCUACCAGCACCUCCACAACAACAACUUCAUCGACUGUUGUUGAAGAACAACAACCAUUAACUUCAAAUACCCAAGAAGAAACUAAUACUACUACUACUUCUGAAGAACAACAAGACAAUAUUGAAACUGUUCCAGGUGUUGAAGAAAUAAAUAAUUAA